CAUGGUAUGGUCUAGAACCGUAUGCGUACUUUAUCAGUAAACUGCCCAUGAUCUAGCAGUGGUCCAAUGUUUGUCCUAGACUCCUAGGGGGAAAAAAGAUCUGCACUUUGUGCUGUGCUGUUUCUUCUUCUUGUUGUUGUUGUACGUAGCGCCGAGAUUUCCCAGCACCGCUUGCGAUUUAGAAACCCACAGUUUGUUCUUUUUCGUUUAGGGGAUGGUUGUACACUGCUGCUGCUUCUUACUAAUGAUACAAAGGAGAGGUGAAGUUCGCAGUUGCUGAGAUAGACAGAUGAGAGAGAAGGCAACGCUAGCUACCGCGACAAGGAGGAAGAUGAGCAAUCUGGAAAGCACGGCAUCAAGCAAGUUGUAGCCUUGUAGUUUUAGGAGUGUCCUUAUUGCGACUUUGUCACCCUGAGGCUAUCCGCAGUCGCGACUGCAAACAGGAACUGUAAAUUUUUACAGCUCUCACAAACGAUGCAGCGGCGGACUGCAACAGGAACUGUAAAUUUUUACGGCUCUCAGGAACUUCACAGCUAGCGCACCUUCUGCGGUGGACUGAAUAAUCUCCCUCCUCUUUCUAUUGGCUGCUAGUUGGGUGUGGAAAGGAAAGAGGUGAAAAUAAAUAAUAGAAUAUAUGGUAUAUGGUAUAGGGUAGAUAUUUAGAGUAAAUAUGACCGCGGAGUAUUAUGGGAUAGGGUAGAGAAUCUCGCUGACCAGGAUGAAAUAUUCCUUUUAGAGUAGAAAUUUAGGGUUCUAUGAGUGCGGAUAGCCUGAUGACCUGAGCGCUCCCAUGCGGCCAUGUCUGAUGAAUUAUGGCGGCCCAUCCGCUGCCAUCAGCAAACGCCCACGAAUGGCCAAUCGUUGCCCAGCAGCAGCGGGCUUCAGUAUUCGUCAACCAAAUUGUCAGGUAACGUGGUGCGGUAGCCUUAUGUCCGAAAAAUCCUAGAAACAAAAUUCCAUUUUUUCCUCCAAAAUUUUAUAUAACGAGUGAACGUACUAAAGAGGCUUCGGCUUGGUUAUACUUCGCGCGAAGAGGCAUUUUCCUUCCAUUGUGUUAUGGUUAGAGCAGUUUGUGUAAUUUGUCUUUUUUUGUCCCUUGAACUUGUUCUUGUCUUUGCCGGUAUUUUUUUGCGUCUUUUAGAGCUAGUUUGAAAACUAUAUUUUUUUGAGGGGUUUUUAUUUUUCUAAGGGAAAUUAGUUUAUUUUUCCUAAAAAAAAUAAGAAUUCCUCGGAAAAAUGUAGUUAGGAACUCCAUUUUUCCAAUGGAUUUCUGUAUUCCUAAGGGAAAAUGAACUAAAUUCCUUUGGAAAAAUGAAAAUUCCAUGAAAAAAAUGAGGUUUUCAAACUAGCGCUAAAAAAAUCUAUAAGUCUAUUAACGGAUGAACAAAGAGACUAUUUACAUAAAGAGAACAGGAUGGGCACAACGCCUUUUCCCCUUUGGCGCACUCGAGUGCGUGAAGGUGAUAUUUAUCGAUCGAUACUUUUUCGCGCUAUAACCUGUGAUUUUUAUAGUACAUGACUGCGUAUUCUACGUUUUGUCACCUCCCAAUGUGUAUAUAUAAAUAUAUAUCUAUCUAUCAGCAGUUCCUUCGGUUGCUACUGCUAACAUCUCUAGCCGUAGCCGAGACAUUGACUUGAACAAUCUGUUUAUCUACCUAUCUCUCUCUCACGCAGUCACGCCCCGCCGCCCCGCCGCCUUUUUAUGAUUAAUCAGCGAGAGUCCUUUUGCGCCGCGCGGAUCGCAUACUAGAGAGGAGGUUGAGCGGAGUAGGCGGCGGCCAGCAAUGAAGGUACAGUGCGACGUGUGCACGGCCGAGGCGGCCUCCGUCUUCUGCUGCGCCGACGAGGCCGCGCUGUGCGACGCAUGCGACCGCCGUGUCCACCGCGCCAACAAGCUCGCGGGGAAGCACCGCCGCUUCUCCCUCCUGCACCCGUGUUCUUCCUCUUCCUCCUCCGCCGCGCACAAGCCGCCGCUCUGCGACAUCUGCCAGGAGCGGAGGGGCUUCUUGUUCUGCAAGGAGGACAGGGCGAUCCUGUGCCGGGAGUGCGACGCGCCGGUGCACAGCGCCAGCGACAUGACGAGGCGGCACAGCCGGUUCCUGCUCACCGGCGUGCGCCUCUCGUCAGCGCCGGUGGACUCUGCGGGCCCAUCCGAAGAGGAGGAGCAGGAGAACAGCCGCGGCCCCUGCAACGACGAAUCCUGCAGCAGCGGCAGCGGCGCCGGCGGCGCGACCACGGCGACCGCCAGCGACGGGAGCAGCAUCUCCGAGUACCUGACCAAGACGCUGCCCGGGUGGCACGUCGAGGACUUCCUCAUUGACGACGCGUCCGCUGGCGACGUCGGCGCCUGCUCGGAUGGCCUCUAUCAGGGACAAAAUGGACAGAUCAGUGGGGUGCUGCAAGAAGCUUACCUGCCGUGGACGGAGCGGGAGCAGGUGCAAACUGACGUCGCAGACGAGCGGGCCAGCUGGGAGCGGUGGGUGCCACAGAUGCAUGCGGAGUUCGGCGGCGGCGGCAAGCGACCUAGAGCGUCGCCUUCGCCUCCCUGUUCGUACUGGUGAUUGGUGAAAAGUUCGCCGUCUUCAGCAAGAUGAUUUGUAUUGGGCUAAUUAGUAGAGCUACUGUAGGAACGACCGAAAAAUGAGCCAAAAAAGUAACGGCCUCCAUCGAGCUCGUUUUAAAUUAUUCUCUGCCUAAAGCCAAACUUUCAGAAAGGAGAACGGUAUUUUCCUGUUCGAUUAAUUAGGUCGAUUUCGAUCGAACUCGUUCCAAAAUCCCAAUUGUUUGCUACCUAAAGACAGACUUCCUGAAUAUAGUUGAGUAACAGGGGAAUUUGCCGAAGGAAA